AGCAGGGGAGGCGUCGGGGGCGCGCGCGCGCGCGCGCGCUGGGCGCUGCUGGGCUGCGGCGGCGGCGGCGGCGGCGGCGGCGGUUACUAUGGCGGAGUCGGCCGGAGCCUCCUCCUUCUUCCCCCUCGUUGUCCUCCUGCUCGCCGGCAACGGCGGGUCCGGGCCUCGGGAGAUCCAGGCUCUGUUGUGUGCGUGCACCAGCUGUGUACAGACCAACUACACGUGUGAAACAGAUGGGGCCUGUAUGGUUUCCAUCUUCAACCUGGAUGGGAUGGAGCACCACGUGCGCACCUGCAUCCCCAAAGUGGAGCUGGUCCCUGCUGGAAAGCCCUUUUACUGCUUGAGCUCAGAGGAUCUGCGCAACACCCACUGCUGCUAUUCUGACUUCUGCAACAAGAUCGACCUCAGGGUGCCCAGUGGUCACCCCAAGGAGCCUGAGCACUCUUCCAUGUGGGGCCCUGUGGAGCUGGUAGGCAUUAUUGCUGGUCCAGUCUUCCUCCUGUUUCUCAUCAUCAUCAUUGUCUUCCUUGUCAUUAACUAUCAUCAGCGAGUCUAUCACAACCGCCAGAGGCUGGACAUGGAAGAUCCCUCCUGUGAGAUGUGUCUCUCCAAAGACAAGACACUCCAGGAUCUUGUCUACGAUCUCUCCACAUCAGGGUCUGGCUCAGGGCUACCCCUUUUUGUUCAGCGCACAGUGGCCCGAACCAUUGUUUUACAAGAGAUUAUUGGCAAGGGCCGGUUUGGAGAAGUGUGGCGCGGCCGCUGGAGGGGUGGUGAUGUGGCUGUGAAAAUUUUCUCUUCUCGUGAAGAACGGUCCUGGUUCCGCGAAGCAGAGAUAUACCAGACAGUAAUGCUGCGCCAUGAAAACAUCCUUGGAUUUAUUGCUGCUGACAAUAAAGAUAAUGGCACCUGGACACAGCUAUGGCUUGUCUCUGACUAUCACGAGCACGGCUCCCUAUUUGAUUAUCUGAACCGCUACACAGUGACCAUCGAGGGUAUGAUUAAGCUGGCCCUGUCUGCAGCCAGUGGCCUAGCGCACCUACACAUGGAAAUUGUGGGCACUCAAGGAAAGCCUGGAAUUGCUCAUCGAGACUUAAAAUCAAAGAACAUCCUGGUGAAGAAAAAUGGCAUGUGUGCCAUUGCAGAUCUUGGCCUGGCUGUCCGUCAUGAUGCAGUCACUGACACCAUUGACAUUGCUCCAAAUCAGAGAGUGGGAACCAAGCGAUACAUGGCUCCCGAAGUACUUGAUGAAACCAUCAAUAUGAAACAUUUCGAUUCAUUUAAAUGUGCUGAUAUUUAUGCCCUUGGGCUAGUAUAUUGGGAGAUUGCUCGAAGGUGCAAUUCUGGAGGAGUCCAUGAAGAGUAUCAACUGCCAUAUUAUGACUUAGUGCCCUCUGACCCUUCCAUUGAGGAAAUGCGAAAGGUUGUCUGUGAUCAGAAGCUACGUCCCAACAUCCCCAACUGGUGGCAGAGUUACGAGGCAUUGCGGGUGAUGGGGAAGAUGAUGCGGGAGUGCUGGUAUGCCAAUGGUGCGGCCCGCCUGACCGCACUGCGCAUCAAGAAGACCCUCUCCCAGCUCAGCGUGCAGGAAGAUGUGAAGAUCUAACCUCCUCCCCGUACAUGCAGCCUGGGCGGCAAGUAAUGACACACAGCUGCUGUGUCGCGCGUACAGUGGAGGCCUACCUCUCGUUUCUGCCCAGCCCACUGUGGUCAGAGCCCUGGCCCGCAAGAGGGACAGAGCCUGGGAGACUCGCUUGCUCCCCUGUUGGGUUUGAGACACAGAUACCUUUUUUAUUUACCUCCUGAUGGCAUGGAGACUCUGAGAGUGAAUCAUGUGAGAACUCAAUGCCACAACUCGAACUGGUUGCCGUGGGAAAUCCACAAAACCCGGUGCAUCUGGCACAUAGCCAGGAGUGGUGAAAGAAUGGCCUGCAGGGGGCCAGGAGGAGCUGCCCUGUGGCCAGUGCUAAGUUGCACUGGAGGUGUUCCUCUAGGGAUCAGCCGAAAGUACCCCAAGGUGUCCAGGGGAGCCAGAGUGCAGCCCCUGUCACAGGCAGCUCUGAGCUGUGUGCUCCCCUCCUCACGCAGACAUCUGGAGGAACUGCCAGUGGAGUCAUCUGCCAGCUGUCUGUCCAGCCACGUGUGCAUGUGCUGAGGUGCGUCCCUAUUGUGCCUGGUCCGUGCCUCGCCUGCCCUUAACACGUGUGUGUAUGUGUGUGUCUGUAGGUGCGCACUUACCUGCUUGAGCUUUUUGUGCAUGUGCAGGCCGGGAGUGUGGUUGUCCUGCCGUCCGUGUGCUGGUGCCUCUGUGCUUAGUGAGCACCAUCUAGUUCCCGGGGCCCUUCCUAGAGGUACCCCGCCCACCCCUGCCACGGUGGUCCUCUCCCCAGCACGCUGCUCCACCCAUCCCACGUCAGCCUCUCCUCCUCCAUUUCAGACUGGAACCAAAGCUGGCCCAGCUGGCCAUGGCAGGAGAGGCUUUUGGUCAAAAUGUGAGAGGGAAAAGGAUGGGCAGAAAGAAUCUUGGCAGAAAUCGUGGGUGUUGUGGUCAGCAUCAGCUGUGGGAAAUCAGCCAGCCCGAGGGCUUCGUCCUCAUCAGCACCAAGGAAGGGCCAAGGAAUUCUAAGUGAGUUCUUGGGACUCACAUUGGAAUGUCACAUCUGUCUGUCCCAUCCCAGAUUCUAGAAACUGCAGUGUAUAUUUUUGGUGG